AAGUAAUGUGAAGCAAUUUGAGGGACUUUCUUAACUUCUCAAAUGAGUAGUUUGGUAGGUAAGCCACCUACACCGUGGAUCAAUAGUACAUGUCUAUAUUAACAUAUUAUUGUAAAUUUGCAUAAUUAAUUACAAUUGUUUUUUUUUCCUUAAAUAACUAAGAGUCAGAGCUUUGUUUUCUAUACUCAAUUUCUCAAGGGUACCUGCAUCCACCCCAUACUCUAUCCAAAAGAUAUCAAGAGUUUUUGAUUGUCUAAACCUGUAUGACCAAAAGAUCCUAAGAUCUUGUUAACCAAGGCAAAAUUAAUUAGAUUGAAAUAUAUCACAAAAAAUGAAACAAACUUGAAAGUUAGAUUAAAACAACCCAAUACACUGCAUGUCGAAUAUCUAAAUAUCUAAAUUUUGAUGAUUGUGUUGGGAUUGUAAAGCAAUAGUCUUACAUGGACUAAAAGCAAGGAAGAUAUCAUACUAUACCAUAGUAUAUAUAAAGUGAAGAUAUCUCUCGAACUCCAUGGAUGCUUCAAAGAUUGAAAGUUCAAUUUCCCACUCGGAUAAUGUCAUAUAAUAAUAUCUUUAUUUUUCAGAGUAUAAACAAACCAGCAUAAAAAGAAAGUCGAGUACUGAAUUGCAUUGUAAAUUUAGCAUUUAUUAUAUGCUGCAAAGAUCUCUCACCUGGCCUCUGAAGAAUUUUCUUUGCUUCUUGUUUUGCCUUGUUUUCUGCUCCCAUUUUGGUUGUCUUGUAGUAUGAAUUUCGCCAUCAGAAUCAGAUUCAGGGCAUUGCAUUUGCAGAAACCAGAAAAACAAACUCGAUUUCUCAUCAAUUUCCUCCUCUCCAUUCCAAUUUUCCUCAGCUAGCUCUAGAUUUCUCUACCUUGUUCAUGGCGCUAUGAUCAUCGGAGGUCUCUCCUCAUCGAUUUCCCCAUUCCUCCUCUUCUCCGCUUCGAUUCUCGCUUUUCCCCUGCCUCCAGGUCUCUGAUUAGAGCAUUCCAUGGGAAUCUGCCAUGCGAAGCUGAUCGCAAACCCUAGGGCGAAAUGCGAGGAGCGCGACGAUUCAAGGAAUUCCCCCUCGUUCUACAGCCCGAGUCCUGUGUCGAGCCUCUUCAAAAACUCGCCGUCGAACUCGCGCCACCGCCGCCGGCCGUUCCCGCCGCCGUCUCCGGCGAAACACAUCAAGGAGCUGCUGGCCCGACGCCACGGCUGUGCGAAGCCGAAUCAGGCGGCGAUUCCGGAAGACGGCGAAGGGGAGGGGGAAGUGAACAAGAAUUUCGGAUAUUCGAAGCAGUUCUUGGGGAAUUUCGAGGUGGGAGAAGAAGUGGGGCGCGGCCAGUUUGGGUUCACUUGCAGAGCCAUGGCGAAGAAGGGAAAUCUCAAGGGCCGGAAUGUUGCUGUUAAGAUCAUCCCUAAACCCAAGAUGUCGACUGCGAUAGCCGUUGAGGACGUGAAAAGGGAAGUGAAAAUAUUGCAGGCUCUAAACGGACAUAAGAACCUCGUGCACUUCCAUGGAGCGUUUGAAGAUGACGAUAACGUUUACAUAAUAAUGGAGUUAUGCGAAGGAGGCGAAUUACUCGAUAGGAUGCUUUCGAGGGGUGGAAUAUACUCGGAAGAAGAUGCUAAGGUUGUGAUGGUUCAGAUUUUAAGCGCGAUUGGCUUCUGUCAUGUUCAAGGAGUUGUCCACCGUGACCUGAAGCCAGAGAAUUUUCUUUUCACUACCCAAGAAGAGAGUUCACCCCUUAAGGUUAUUGACUUCGGACUCUCAGACUAUGUAAAUCCAGACAAGAGACUGAAUGAUAUAGUUGGCAGUGCAUACUAUGUAGCUCCUGAAGUCCUGCAAAGAUCAUACGGGACCGAGGCGGACAUGUGGAGUAUCGGUGUGAUCGCUUACGUUCUUUUAUGUGGAAGCAGACCUUUCUGGGCUAGGACCGAAUCCGGCAUAUUCCGAACCGUUUUGAAGGCAGAUCCGAGCUUCGACGACGAUCCUUGGCCAUCUUUAUCUUCUGAUGCAAAAGACUUUGUGAAGGGAUUACUGCAUAAGGACCAUCUUAAAAGACUAACUGCUGCUCAGGCUCUGUGUCAUCCAUGGCUGGCAAAUCAUCCUGAUGUCAAGAUUCCAUUGGAUAUGAUAGUUUAUAAGCUUGUUAGAGCUUAUAUCUAUUCAUCUUCUCUGCGGAGAUUAGCGUUGAAUGCUCUUGCAAAGACGUUAUCCUUUGUGCAGCUCGCUUAUCUUCGGGAACAAUUCGAUCUCUUAGGUCCGAACAAAAUCGGGUUCAUCUCGUUGCACAACUUUAAGACGGCAUUUAUCAAUACUUCGACCGAUGCAGUGAACGAUUCAGGGGUGAUAGAUUACGUCGACAUGGUGAGUUCCUCCCCAUAUAAAAAGAUGGACUUUCAAGAAUUCUGUGCAGCUGCCAUAAGUGUGCAUCAGCUGAAUGGCACUGAAAGCUGGGAGCUGCAUGUAAGAUAUGCUUAUGACCUCUUUGAGGAGGAUGGAAACAGACCAAUUAUGAUAGAGGAACUUGACUCGGAACUGGGACUGGGGCCAUCCGUCUCGCUUCAUGUGGUUCUCCAGGAUUGGAUAAGACCUGCAGAUGGGAAACUUAGUUUCCUGGGAUUUGUCAAACUUCUAAAUGGGUUUCCCACUCGCACCAACAAGAAGAAAUGACAUAAAAUCAAACCUUAAAACAACUAGUUUUUUUUUUACUUCUUUUUUUGGCCAUUCUCCUAGAUCGAAAAUGUGCCGAUCGAUCGAGGAGAUGACCCGAAACCGGACUAGAGCAGCAACGAUCGAGAAGUUCGUGACGUUUUCUUGACCAUACAUUCUGCAUCUAGUACACUUUCAUACAAACACACACACAAAGAGACAGACAAGAACAACAUAUUUUUCUGCUAUGAGAUGUGAAGCCUUGAGAACCACAGUUUUCUGCAUGUUCUGUAGUUGUCCUUCUCUCCCAUAACAAAAUCCUCUCUCUUUUUUUGGUAGAGUUGAAAUUCAGAGUAUUGUAUAGAGAGUUUGACUCAAGACUAAUUGUGUAGAAUCUCUCUGUUUUUGUAACUUAAAAUUCUGCUUAAUCUUGACUGUGAAAUCUUUGGUCUUCCAAGGAUUUCCAUUUGUUUG